AUGCUUAACGUUAUUAGUAUUUUAUUGCUCGCGUUGCUCGUUGUCAACGGUGCCUCACAGUCCAAGGAUUCUGAAGUGUUGCAACAAUACGAGGCAUUGCAACAACUUGAAGCCUUGGGAGUGGAAUUUGCGAAAUAUUUUAGAAAUGUUACAUUGGAAAGCUUGGGUGUAUUGGAUUUCCAAGUGCCCAGACAAGAAGAUAUCGUAUGCAUUCAGGAUUUGGCAGAAGUAAUGAAGGGCCUUUCGAGCAGACAGCGUUGGGCCCUGAAGAUGAUUGAUUCAUGGGGAUCCGUUCCCUCUGGAGUACUUAUUGGCAAUGCCUUCAACUUGGGUAACUUCGAUGAGUGUCUAUCAAUUAGCCAGACGAUUAGCAGCAACCAGAAAAUAAAUGGAAAAUAUUGUUUUCUCCUCGUAAACCAAUUGAGGAUUGCAACUUGCUUUCCAGCCUCUUGUUCGGCCACUCAAAUGCAGCCCUUUCUGGACCAACUUCUUCAUAAAAUCAUCAGUUCUAAUAGUUCCAGCAUAAGCAUGAGGAUUAGCGAAACCAGUUGCCAGACAAGUGAACUCGUACCAUGGGAUGGACUCACCAUUUUAACAAUAGUUGUGUUAUCAUUAAUGGCAUGCAUUGUGAUAGCAUUUACAAUGUUUGACUUCAUCAUGUGCCAUGAUCAGAAAAAUAUUCCAUUUCUGGUAAAGGCUCUAUCAGCUCGUGCCAACUCCAGAGCUCUUUUCCGAAUUGUGCCAAACAAAUCGAAUCCAAAUGUGAUUGAGUGCUUCCAUGGAAUUCGUUGCAUGUCACUCCUUUGGGUAAUUUAUGCCCACGAGUACAUAUUCUUUUUGAGGACUCCCAACCUGAAUAACGCGGAUAUACAGAAUUGGAUGGUUGAACCCUUUGCCAGCUUCACUCUGCAUGGUUAUUUCGCAGUAGAUUCCUUUUUCGUCCUUGGAGGCCUACUCGUUUCCAUGAUUGCAUUGCGUGUUAUGGAGAAAACCAACGGAAGACUGAAUCCUCUGCUGAUGUAUCUGCACCGCAUUAUCCGCCUCCUGCCAGUCGUGGCCUUUGCCAUUCUCGUCUACAUGACGAUGAUGAACGUGGUCAGCGGUGGACCAAUGCUUAAAUAUGGAUAUCACGGGAAGGCGGCUUGCUCGAAGGGUUGGUUUUGGACCUUGCUUUUCAUCCAGAACUAUGCAGUCUUGGACAUUUGUUUAGAUCACACGUGGUACUUAGCGGUGGAUAUGCAGCUCUACUUAAUAUCCCCUCUUCUGCUGAUAGCUCUCUACAAGUGGAAAAACAAGGCUGUUGCUGGAAUUAUAACUCUUAUAGUCCUGCUUUCCGGCUGCCUGUUUGCCACACAAAUGGUUAAUAAGUAUUCACUUCUCAUUAAGAAUAGCUCUGAUGACGAUGAAGUGGCCAAUAAAAAACUGUACUUGGCCACACACACACAUGCUGCUCCCUGGCUGAUUGGAUUCCUGUUCGGAUAUUUCUUACAUGUAAAUUGGGGAAUAAAGUUCCUGAUAAGAAAAACGAUUGUGUGGACAGGAUGGAUCCUAAGCCUGGCAAUGAUCUUCACCUCAAUCUUUGCCCUCUAUCCGGCGGCCCAGUGGAGUGCUCCUCCUCUGUCCACCUUGGCGGAGUCUUUGUACUACACCCUCACCCGCCUGGCCUGGCCAUUGGCCAUCUGCUGGAUCAUCUUUGCCUGCAUGCAAGGAUACGGGGGACCGGUCAACAGUUUCCUCUCCUCACCACUGUGGCAGCCACUCUCCAGGCUCUCCUACUCCAUAUACAUCUGGCACAUGUUCGUCCAGGAGGUGAAUAGCAGGAAUGUCAGGACGAACACAUAUUUCUCAAACUACUCUGCGAUGGAACACUUCUGGUUUGACUUGGGCUUCACCGUGCUGUUGUCCUACUACUUUUACCUUAUAAUUGAGGCUCCUCUUUGCGGAUUCGAUAAUCUUUUAAGGCCUCGUCGGGUCUCGCCUGCGGUUGAAAGGCCACCGCUAAUUUCAGAUCAAGGCAAUGUGCCGGAAUGUGCUAAUGAGAAUGAAUCAAAACCCAUACCUAUCACUGACUAG